UGUUGACACACAGGGACAUCCAAAACAUUCACAGAACUGGCGUUAUUUUCUGGUCAAAGCUAACAAGAAAGCUCUCAACACGAUGAGAGAGUUUGCUGUAAACUCUCUCUUUGCAGACAUUUUGCCUGCGGAGAGUUUCAUCCCUAGAACCCAAACCACACAGCUGGGCUUCCGAGACAUGCUGCUUCAUGACGAGGAGCGGGGAAGCUGCAGCUCAAGUUUGGAUUUAUCGCCAACUAAUCCUGUUGGAUCUCUUUCUGUUGCUGCACUCAGGCAGACGGCCGGCCCAGCCUGCAGAAGCGGUCACAACAGCCCGACUUCUGUCGGGGCCCGCGGGGGUCAGAUCUGCAGGAGAUACCCCUCUCAUUCUGCCCCGGGGUCCUUGGGGAGAAGGAUCUCCAAGCUGCUGUGCGGCUGUGGAGGAGGCAGAUGCCGGCCAUUCAAAGUGAUGGGAGGUCCGGAGAGUGGGGGGAUGACACGGCUCCUCUUAGGUUCCCAUGCCCCGUGGCACACGCGUGUCACACUCCGGCAAGUAACGCAGACAACAGCAGCAGUGUCCAUCUGCUCCCCUCGCACAAAGCCACGGCCGCGCAGCAGAUACACUGUAGACCGGCUCACCAUGAGCAGAACAUGUUUAAAGUUAGUGUUUUUAUGCGCUGCUCAUGGUGAGUGUGAUACAUAUCGGGAUGAAGAAUUAUGACUUGUGGAAAUAUGCACCACACAGGCAUGCAUGCCUUGGUUCAGAGCUACAAGUGUUACAAGUGUCAGAAUGACACUGCAUAUGGCACCAAUUCACAACAAAUCUCAAGUCAUUUCAAUCCAGUCACACAUACUAUACAUUCCAGCUGAUCUUAUCAAACAAUCCAUGAAUAACAGUUUAUUAUUUAAUUGAGUUCAAAAAGUUUUCAGGAAACCCCGUAUGUUGCACUGAGUCUUGAAAAACAACUAGCAAUAGCGGACAAUAACCUGCAUCUUGCCGUUGACUUUACAGCAAUCCUUCAUACUGAGCAGGCGUGUGGCGACAGUGGAGAGGAAAAAUUCCCUGUUAGCAGGAAGAAACCUUCAGCAGAAUUAUCUGGAGAAAACAGGGCAGAUACACACUCAAAAAAAACAACAGAAGGGUUGAUAUUGGAGUACUUUCUAUGCUAAUAAAAAGUAAGAAAACAAAAAGCGGCAGAAAAACAGUGUUUAGUUGUCGAUACCAGGCAGGCGUCGCAGUCAAACAGAAGGCCAGACCAGAUGUAGCUUCAAUGGAGAGAAAACAUAAAGUUAACAGGUGAAAUGACAGCAAAUAAUGCAAAUUGGAGAGCAGCAGUAGAAGAAGAAGAAAGUGAGUAGAAAGUGGUCAGUUUGUCCUCAGCAGCGUGAGUGUAUCGCAGCGUAGCUACAGCGAUGACCUUUCUCCUCUGAGCAACUUACUGUGAAUAAAGACAUGCGUGUUAUAUAUGAUCAAUAUUUACAGUAGAAGUCAGACGUUUGUAUUUGCUCAUCUUAUUCAUUUAGAGCUUUUUGUGAUGGAUUUUGUUAUUUUUUUUAUGGUGGGAUAAUUAUACUAUCUUAUUAUGUUAUCUUAGCUUUUGAAGUAGACAGGGUGUCUGCCUCACAGAGAAAACCACGGGUCCGGUUUCACAGGAGAGGAGUCUGUCAACUCAAAGACCUGCCUCCCAUUCUUGUACCAGGCACCGCUGGAAACCUGCUGUCUGAGAGCAAAGUGUUCAUUAAAUUCUGAUCUGAGUUUAACAAUGAAGGAAAAGCUAAACCUGGACAGAUCUUUUCACCCGUUUAUUCCCAUCAGGGACCCUCACUGCUGAUGUUGUACUGAAAUCUUUAGACAUCCUGACAACGGAGAACAACAAAGUUCAGAAUAAAUGCAUUGAUUAGAUUUUCUGCAUCACUCUUCAAGAAGAUUCUUCCUUUCCCAUUUGUGAAUAAGCAAGUGAAGUCUGACAGGAGUCUGCGUAAUAGAAAAAAAAGAGAGAGUUAAUCCCUUCACUCAUUCAUACCGACUUCAUUCCACUGUCUGCUCUGAUAGAUACCUGUAAACA